AUGGGCAAAAGGGAUAACCGGGUGGUGAGUAAGUCGCGCCGCGCUGGAGGGGAGGCCUCUUGGGGGCGGCGAGGCUUUGGAAGGAGGCCCCACGGCGGCUCCUCCUGGGCUGGGUGGAGAUGCUGGACCCGGGAGUGAAAGACUUGGGGUCCAGGGCGGAGGGGAGGGAGGUUGUUAUGGUUUGGCGAUCACCUGAGAAGUUUAUUGGGGGGGGGACACCUGAUGUUGGGAUGGACUGUGCCAGACAUGCACACGGCAGGUCUUUCUCUCUCUACCCCCCGGUUGGGGAAUCCGGGAUGGGGAGGCGGUCAUUAAUGUAUAUAUAUAUAUUUAUACCCUAAUGGGGAUCGUGGGACCUUUCUGCGCCCCAUUGGACUUGGAGUGUCUCCGAAGUACGUAGGUUAAAAAAACAUGAUUUCCUCCUGCAAGUAGCAGGUGGCAGCCAGGGGAUCUGUUGGGCGGGCAGAUCUAAUUGCAAUGUGGCAGGAACUUAACCGUACAGGGCAUUUUGCGACUUUGCUUUAAGGAUUGCGACCCUUUUUCUUAGUCCCUCCGAUUUUUUUCACUUCCACUUUUGUGAUCCUGUUUGAAUACGUAAUUCCGGUGCUUUCUUUGGUGUGCUUUUUCACCAUAUGGGUAUAGGGUUUUGAUGUUUUGAGGCUGGCCAAGUAAACCUAAAGGCAAAGCAGGAGUGACUAAAUGAUAUCUGCAGCUGUCCUAAGCAAAGAAAUAAUAAUUGUAUUCAAGUUGUACCAAGGCCAUUCAUUGCUAUUAGCACAGAUUGGAAAUGUGAACGGUCGCACUUUGUGCAUUAGCAUAGAAAUGUUCUGAAGUGCCUGGGGAGGAAGGAGGUUUUAGUGAUCUCUGCUAAAUAGAAUUCCUUUGUUGGGUAAAGGCAGAUAGCUGUAAGCAAGCUAAGGUUUCUUUCUGAGAUUUGAUGCUGAAAGGCCCCCUCCAGGUUGUUGUUUUUUGGGGGGUUUUUUUGUUGGCAGGUGUACAGUAUUCUGAAACCUGUCAUUGACACAAUAAGGUGUAUUUGUGGGGGAUUUAUACAAGGCCGUCAGCACAUCAUUCCACUUCAUUAGCUGUUUGGAAAUGCUUCCCCACUGUUACUGCUUUAUUACCAUCUGGAGAAGCACUCUUGCACUAUAGUGCAACAAAAGCAGGCAACAAACACACUGGAACACUUGUGGUAUAAAAAAAUUACAGGAUUUCAACAAGGAAGCAAGGGAGGUGCGCUAUUUGGAAAUGAAGCAUUAUGUCUACCCCAAAGCUAUUGCAUAUGCAAAGAAUGUUGAAAGUAGGGUAUCAUCAUGAGCACAAAUAAUAAUAAAUGCACAGUAAAGAGAAUGUCUGGAGGGGACCUUACUUGUACAGACCUCUAGAAGUUGUUAGAUGCAAGUAACUAAGGCCCCCUCCAGACAUCCUCCUUACUGUGCAUUUUUUAUUAUUUGUGCUCAUGAUAUUAUUAUUUAUUUAUUUAUUUAUUUAUUAUCCCUUAAGGGGUUGUGUUAAAGCUAUAUAUGUGAUUUGGGGCAUAGUAAGAACAUGGCAAUCUCAAUUGAUUUCUCAUUUUGUACAAGUUAGGCACUGUCCAAAUGCAAAAACUCUGGCAGCCUUUCUCAACCUGUGGGUCCCCAGAUGUUUUGGGACUACAAGUCCCAUCACCCCUAGCUAGCAAGGUCAGAGCUCAGGGAUGAUGGGAGUUGUAGUUCAACAACGUCUGGGGACCCACAGGUUGAGAACCACUGGAAGGGCUUGUCACUGGGGCUGUAAAACUUAAACCAGAAAAUGGUGAAGAAUACCUGCUGCUGAGGUAACUCAAAAUUAUAUUGCUGAAAUAAAGAAAGUUUCAGGGUUAUUUUUGUUCUGGUACUCAAAAUCAAUUCUUGUGCUGGCUCAGAAUUCUUUAAUUCUUAGUGUAAGGUCUUUUGUACCAUGAUCCAGUUGGUGGCACUAGCAAAAAAUGAAGUAGAAAUCCUAGGAAACUGUGUUAUUCCAAUUCAGACCUUUGGUCCAUGUAGCUCAGUUUUGUCUACACUGAUCGGUAGUGACUCUCCAGGUUUCAGGCAGGAGUCUCUCUCUGCCCAGCCUGGAGAUGCCAGGGAUUAAACUUAGGACCUUUUGCGUGCAAAGCAGAUGUUCUGUUGUUGAGGCAUGAUCCAGUAGAUCCUGCAAGCUUGAAACCUGUCCAUUCUUGUAGUAAACCAAACUCAGAAUUAGCUUUGUGUCAGAACACUUCCUCAUCCCUUCUCCUUCUCUUUUGUACCAUAAUUAAAUACUUACAGGGUUCCUUCAAUCACAGUUUUCCACAGUUUGGAUGUAAUGUGAAAUUGUGGUUUUAAAAACCCUUCAAGUAUUGACUUACGGGGCAAGAGUGAAAGGAGCAGGGAAGGGGAGAGGAGAAUGGAGCAUUUCAGGGGGCAGAGAAUAAAACUAGGUUAUGUUUGAACCAAGCCAGUCUGUCCUUCAGUAGCCUAAAGCAAGUUAGAACCUUUCCAUGAUGAGAAUAAUAAAGACCUAUAUUACAGCUUCUUGUGAGGAUAAAUAAGGGACUUCUGUGGGCCAAAUGUUCAGUGCUACUGAGUUGUAUGGUGCUCUCAAAAUUUGCCCAGGCUAUAAAUAUUAUCACUAAUUUCUACAGCCUUGAUUGUGUGCCAGUGUUUCUUGAACUCUUGAACAGAAUGAUUUCCAGAGGCUGAGUGUACACAGCUUCUGCCAGAAAAUGAGACUAGAGAGAGAAAAGGCAAAAUGAAUGACUAUUUAGUGCUUGUUAUGUGUUCCAUUUAAAAAUCAACACUCUUUGAUAGUCAGAGAGCAACUGGACUUGGAAAAUAAAGCAUUGGUUCCCCCCUCAGAAUUUUGUCACUGCCACAGCAUAUAUUUAAAGUUAAUUUAAAGCACGUGUCUCUCUCCCCCCCCCCCCAAGAAUCCUGGGCACUGUAGUUUGUUAAGGAAAUUGUAGCUCUGUGAGGGUAAACUAAAGUUCCCAGGAUUCUUUGGGGGAAGUCAUGUGCUUUAAAUAUGCUUCAAAUGUAUGGUGUGGUUGUCACCUUUAAAUAUUUAUUUAUUUAUUUUAUUUCCAUAAAACUUAAACACUGCUUGGUUGUAAAACAACAACAGCAACAACUCUGUAAGUGGUUUACAAAAGAUAAAACAGCAAAAUCAACCCAUAAGGAAGACUGUGCACUUGUCUUCUAAGAAUCUGCUAGGUGCCUGAAGAAGACUGUUGUUGUUGUUGUUUAAUUUAAAAAUGCUUUCAUUUCUCUCUAUAAAUAGGAGCUUGGGGUGCUAUUUUAAUGUCAGCAAAGUGGAAUGACUUUGAAUUUAUCGCUUUGUAAUCUUUUAGGCUUAUAUGAAUCCCAUAGCAAUGGCUAGAUCACGAGGUCCUGCUCCAUCUUCAGGACCUACCAUACAAGACUAUUUGAACAGACCAAGACCAACAUGGUAUGUAUGGCCAUUAUGACUUCCCUCCUUUUCCAGAGCCCUUGUGUUAUGAAGGAGAAUGGGACUUCAGUUCCGAAGGCUAUCACCUGGUUUUCAUGUAACGCUUAACCAUAGCCAAGUGUUAUGUUGGUUUUAACUAUGGUUUAUCCAAACAAUUCAAGUAUGUUAACUACGAAAACAACUUUUUCAGACAGACUAAAGUUUAGAGUAAUCACAGUUUGUUUUGGUUCAGACAUAACAACAGACUACAGUUAGUUGAAGGUAGAAGCAAAUGCUCCCAAGCUCCUUAUUGUGGUUGUACCAAAAGAGGAGCAGGGACAAAGUGUAGUUUAUUAUCACAUGCCAGUGCAGCCAAUAAUAGGCCAAGUGAAUCCCGCGGAAUAAUUACUUGCAUCUAAGUCAUACAUCCCCAAACUCUGCCCUCUAGAUGUCUUGGAACUACAACUCCCAUCAUCCCUGGCUAACAGAACCAGUGGUCAGGGAUGAUGGGAAUUGUAGUCCCAAAACAUCUAGAGGCCAGAGUUUGGAGGUGUAUGAUCUAAGUAGCCUCAGUAGGUUUUGUCUUGAAGGCAGUUGCCCAGACUAGAUAGAUAGAUAGAUAGAUAGAUAGAUAGAUAGCUUGGAUCAUAACAUAAGUUAACAUAAGGAAAUUCAUGAAAGGUAACUUUCCCAUGGCCACCUCCCUCCUGUCAUUCACAGUGCCCCAUCCCAUAUUUUUUCAGGAUUUCCUCCCCACCAACACUACCUUCUGGAGAAGAUUUUCAGGGGUCAUCAACUUCCUUAAGUUAACUAGGGUCCAAGCCUGUUGUAUCAGAUAUGGUGAAUUAACAACUGGCUGCCUUGAAGAUUUUCAUAAAUCAGGGCUUUAUAUUGUUUUGUUUGCGUUAAAGGGAAGAAGUAAAAGAACAACUAGAAAAGAAGAAGAAGGGUUCCAAAGCCUUAGCAGAAUUUGAAGAAAGGAUGAAUGAGGUUUGUUAUUGGUUUAACUUUAUGUAGAUAGAUUACUUAGAUUUUCCCCCCUCCUGCUCUACUCUCAGAAGCAUAAUGAAAUUGUCUUGUUAUCCCACCCCAGCCAUCUGCCUGCCCUUUUACUGUAUUACUUUAAAACUGUAGCAGAGUGAUAGAAACUGUUGCUUAUCUCAUCCCUUGCCAAUCCAAUAUUAUUGCUAAAUGCUGUUUCCCCCUCCCCAGGAAAUGAUAACAUCUAAUUUGUAAGGCCUCCAUUUUGCAAGCUUCCACUGUGAAAACUGCAGAUUGUUCUGCUCAGCAAGAGCUAAAAUGGAAAGCUCUGUCAGACCUUGAAAUACCUUUGAAAUGUAUUCAGAUAACUCUGACAAAGCUAUUAGGAGCCAUUGUGCUACGGGAACAUAGUGCCCACGAAGGAGCGAUCACUACCAGCAAACAUAAAAUUCUUGCCAGAAGCCUUAAAAACUGAGGAGAAAGGGAAGAGCAAAGGGAGGUUAACAGACAUAGCACUUAUAGGUACGCAUUCGUAGGAACAGCCGCUGUAGCCCAGUAUGUGAGGACAAAGCCUUGUUUUUUACACUAGAAUAAUGACCUUUUAGAGAAUAAAGACUUAUUAGUGACACCAAGGGAUUUAGAUGUUCAGCAUUUCUUAGGAUGGGUGGAACGCUAUGUAACUUUCUCCAAGUUCUUAAUAAUAUAGCUUUAAAAGUUUGUGAGAGCAACUUUUUAAGAAAAAUGUUCAGGAGAGAGAAAGGCUGAAUAUUCUCCAGACUGCCCCAACCCCUUUAUAUAAUGCUAGUAUUGUUGAUAUUGUUAGGAGAAAAUGCUGGUUAUUUUUGUUGCUUUAUGGUUAGUUAGGGUUUUUUUUAAGGUCUUACUAUUUUGUUAUGCUUUUUUUUUUAUCAUGUUUGUGGGUUUUUUAGGAAAAAAAUUCAAGGCCUGACAUACCAUACCAUUUUAAAUGACAAAGCCUCUUGUGGCAUCUCAAAGACUAAGAGUGUAAUUCUGUGCACAUCUACUCAGGCAUAACUCCUGUUGAGUUCAUUAGGACUUCCACUCAGGCAUGUGGGUACCCUAUACCUGUAAGUCCCAGUGAACUAAAUGAGACUUACUCCUGAACAGAUGUGUCUAGGAUUGCACCUUAACAAAUGUAUUGUGGCCCACGCUUUCAUGGACUCGAGACCACUUCAUCUAGCAGACCCUGCUCCAUGGAAGCUUCAACCACAAUAAAUGUCCCAGAGGAUUCUGUGUAGUUCUUCCAGCAAGUCUUAACACAGCUUUCCCUGGAAAUUCUCCAUCAAUAGCCUUCGCAUAUCCAUGGCUUUGAGUUUUAUUUGUUGAAGGGAGAAGCUGACUGCCUGCUCUGAGUGAAAUUACAACUGAUUACAUCCAACGCUUUUUUUCAGAACUGGAAAAAAGAACUCGAAAAACACCGGGAGAAAUUGUUAAGUGGAAGUGAGAGCACUUCACGGAAGAAAGAGGUAAAACAUUUUUUAGCAUAUUUAUUCAAGGGCAAUGGGGUCUGGAUCUCUGGAUAGCCUUUGCUGUUUGGCAGUGCGGCAAUGCAACUCCUACCAAAGAACACAUCACUGAAUGUAGAACCUUAACUUCAUCAGUGACACACACACAUGGACAUACUAAUUCUAGAUUCAUUUAUUUCCUUUUAGAAGAAGAAAAAGGAGAAGAAGAAAUCCAGUAGGGUGAGCAAAGAUUUCAGGGUGUUUUUCCCCAAUGUACAAGUUGAUCUACAUUUUAACUUAAGGGAGUUAAGUACACAGGUGCAAGGCAUUCUUUUCCAACCUUGGGUCCCCAGGUGUUUUUAGAUCAUAUACCAAUCUCAUCACCCCUGACAAUUAGCUUCGCUGGCUGGGGAUUAUGGGCAUUUGUCCAGCAGUAUCUGGAGUUCCAGUGUACAGGAAAGCUGGUUUAAGGAGAAAAAAUGUUUUUGAAAGCUGUUUUAUGUGUUGUUAAUACCUCAUCUUGGCUUUAAACCCAAAUGACGCAUCUUUAUUUAAAGAAUGUAUCCUAAUAUCAGUGUUUGGCGGUCAAGAGAGUAAUUGUAGGAGCCAUCUUCUUGGGCUGUUCAUUUUUGCAUUUAUCUAACAAAUUCUGCAUCUCACAAAUUUACGUUUUGUUGUCUUUGGUCAAGUUGUCUCCAUCUUCCUCUUCCUCAUCAAGCUCUGAUUCUUCCAGUAGUUCUUCUGAUUUUGAAGAUGAGGUAAGAAUGCUGUUAACUGAAACUGUCCCUUUCUGUGAAAUUGUGCCAGUUCCCCCUUUUCAUCUCAAUUAUUUUAAUAUGUUUGCAUUCAAAUGUAGGGGAAAAUAAAAACUCCAGUGUGUGUCAUUUUGAUCAGGAGGAAGGCAACCUUGUCAGGAACAGGUUUUUUUUUCAAGUCUUCUACACCCUCAUCCUAAGUACAUUGGCUUGGAUUGAGUUCUUGUACAUGGGAUACUACAUAUGGGAUGCUCCUGCUGGUACAAGUGGCUGGGUGGUGGAAGGAUUUCUGACCAUUUCUCCUGCAGCCCCCUGGAAACCUGCUCCAGACCAUCUGGAACUGCAUUGAAGGAAUGGGAGUGGGGGCUGCAGUGGAAAGCAGAAAAUCAAUAAUUUUGCCUCUUUCCCUUCCCCUCCCUCACACGGAAGCCUCUGCUAUAUUGCAGGCUCUUGCACAUUUGAACAGAGGAAGGAAAAUGUAGUCCAAUCUGUUAAUGAAAACCUACAGAUAACCAUACCCAUAGGAAAGGAGUUAGUCAGGGUACUUAACAGGCUCCUGAAUUUCGGGUAAGGCUGCUGUUAGGAGGAAGAAGCUCAGUUGUCGCCAUGCAUAGAUUGUGGGCUCCCAGCCAUUAUUCAGAAGUAGAUCUCAUCUAUUUCAUCCAUGUAAAGGCUCUCAUCUUUGGGGAGGGUCUUCUAUUGACUCUCCCAAGUCCUUCCUUCCUUAGUCUUCCCCAAGUUCAUCUCAACUAGAUAACAUGGUAGAGGCUUUGAAAACUCGCCCAUCAGAGGUGAGGAGAGGGAGCUGCAGCUCGAUAAAGUCAGUAAAAUGUCUGUGGUGCUCCUUCAGAGGGAAUGACUAUUGCGUUUAGCAUGUGGGAGUAAGAGACUUCUUGCUUUUUUCCCCAAUUCAAAACUACUUAUGUUAUUUUUACAUGGAAGAGCAGAAACAGGCUGUUAAAUAAACAGCCAGCAAAAAUGAACAUUCUGUGUGUGGAAGAGAUGAAAAUGUUACCUCGAGGCAGUGCAUUGAUUAAGUUGUUGAGGGCCCUUAAAGUAUUGGUGUGCCUAAAUGUAAUGUGCUCUGAGCAUUGUUGCAGGAUUAAAUGUUUAGCAUGCAUUGUUCUUCUGAAGAUGGCAAGAUGGAGUGCUGCAAAAGCUUAAACGGCUGUGUCCUAAUUAACACUGUGCAGGCCAAAACUGUGUAUUAGGCAGCCAUCUCAUGCAUUAAAGCCCCAGUGACUGCUUCUUGUCUGCAAAGUGGCAUCAGGUGGGGUAAUUUGCAGAAGAGAAGGCAAUUACUGGAGUGGGUGUUUACCUUUCUCCACCUGCUGUUUGUCUCCUGCAACCUGCUUUCCCCCCUAACCUAGGUUCCAGUCCUGUAUAAGAUAGAAAUGUGGGUAUCGCUACCCAGCUGUGUGAAAAGUAGGUUGGAGGAAUCUUAGUGGAAAGAUGUUGAGGGGUAGGCACCCUCUCCUCUGCUUCCAGCUUCUUCUUUGCAGAUCACCUCCUCCUCGUGCUCCCUGGCAGAAAAGAACUGGUUGUUGAGCUCUUCAGUACACAAGAUGGCCACGCAAAGUGUAAUUCUGGCCUCAGUUUGGCUUGUCACAAAGUAGAAUUGUGAUGUACAAAGCGAGCCCUUGGCCAAAACAAUGCGUUCAGUGUUGUUGUUCAACAAAGAGAAAUGCAAAAAGGCAUCAAGGGAGUUUUAAAAGCUUAAGCACUCUGAAUGGAAACUGAGACCAAUCCACUCCAUGGUUUCCAGAGACAAGUGAUCCAACAAAAUAUAAAAAAACAGCAGCCAGAACAACAAUAAAAUGAUUAGCAUUAGUAGACAAAACAUCAAAUCACUGUGCUGAGGAAAGUCUCUGGUAAGGGUUCCAGCAGAACCCUUCAAGGUUUUGCAAAGUAAGAAAAACAGGAUCCAAACUAGCUGAGCUGCAAUAAUUAGUAUAUUAAUAGUUCAAGUUAGUCUGAGCUGAAUAUGUAUCUUUUUGUACUGAUACUAUAGAUACAAUAUUAUAUCCACUUAUCUGGGAGCAAAUCCCCAUUCAACUGAAUGGGACUUUAGACAGGUGUUUAUGCAGCUGUCAGUGUACUUUUAUGGGCUGCAUCUGCCCUUUUAAUUUUUCACUGAAAAAUUACACUAAUGACCUUCUGGAUGUUUAAACUUGAGUCAACAAAGCAAGAACUGUAGUGUUUGGUUGGACAAAGAAAGCCGUUGGAUUUAAUCUUGAUGACUAAAAAUCAAGUUGCCUGUGUAAGCUUCAGCCAUCCUUGUGUGGCAGUACAGUAGAUGCCAAAAUGAUCCAAGCUCAAUGCUGAGAUAACGAUUUGCCAUGAACAAAAAUCAAACCGUUUUCUUAAAAUAUUUGUGGCUAGGAUAAGAAACAAGGGAAAAAGAGAAGAAAGAAGAAGCACCGCUCCUCACGGAAAUCAUCUGAAAACUCUAGUUCAGAUUCUGACUCGGACGGCAAGGUAAAGUGUCCUAUUGUAUUAGUCACCUUGACAUUUUCCUAAGAUACCCAGCAGCGGUGUGAGUAGUGGUACAGAGCCCACCACCCAACACUUGGUGGCAUUGCUACUGUUAACCUGGACGGUGCUGGGGUGGAGUAGCAGUGAAGAUGGUGCCAUGUGGUAGCACUGGCGAGAGAAGCGGAUUGGUGGGAGAUCCUACUGCCCCGCCAUACACAUUGCUACUGAAGAUACCUUAAAACUUCGUAGAAUCUCAUGGCACCUUAAAGACGAAUAGUUCAUGAUGGCAAAAAUAAUAAUAUUUGUGGACUUGAUUCCGCUUCAUCAGAUGCAAUAUCCCUGGUUUUUGUUUUCCAUAGAGUGAUAUUUCCAAGAUCAGUUAGAAGUGGGUGGGUGGCGCGUCGUGGGUGUGUGAUAGCAUGUCACAGGGAGUGCGCUGUUCCCUUCUGUCCUUUUGUCUAGAUUCACCUACUGGCAAAUGUAGUUGCUGGCCAACUAAGAACAGCCUUACCCUGUAUUGUAAGAAUAAUACAGCAGCUGUUUCUGCAUGACUGGAAGCUUUGUUAUGAGCAUCCAUCUUCCAGAGUACCAAUAAAUUGUUAACUGUGCAAUAAGCAUAUUUCUUAUCAAAGGAAAUGUUUAGACUUCAGGUAGCAUUGAUUUUAUAACCACUGACAGCACAAGGGCUAUCUUUUAUACCGUAACUACUAUCUUUUAUACCAUAACUACUUUUCAUCUCUUUAUUUAGGACAGCUUAAAAAAUAAAAGGGCAAAGGAAGACUAUGAAAGAGAAAAGGUAAAAUACUUUCAUAAAUUGUAAAACAACUACCUCAACUCUUAGGAUUCAUGUAGAUGCUCAGGGUCUCUAUUCAGAGCACUUGUCAGCUGGAAUUUGAUUAUCCAGAUUUUCAUAAGUGCUUCAUUCACUGUUGGAAAUAAGACUUUGACAAACAGGGCAAACAUUUCUGAACCAUGAAUGUCAAUGAGCGUUCUAAUGGGCUGGGCUGUUUGUGAAAAUCGUGGUGCAAUUCUUGCUUCUUGUCAGUGAAUUUCUGCCAUUACUUAUCAAAAUGGCUAGUUAGUAUGCACCUUUAUUUGUAUAAAGCAACUUUCAGGUUUCUUAUACUGCCUAGCAUCUGUCUGUCUCAGAGACAAUAGAGAAAUGCGCCUUUGGGGGUGAAGCCAAGCUGUUAGAAGGUUGCAGCUCAUCCUGGGGCUGUAGACCGAUAUGGAAGAGACAUGUUUUGUUGCAGCUGGGGCAGACAAAGGUGUCCAGUUGUGCUGCUGCAGAUGUACCAUGGCGCUUCUUCUCUCUGCACUCCUCCUAGCAGUCAUUUCUCCUCUGGUCACUGCUAUGAAUACAUGAAUGCAUUUUGUCCUCUGUUUUUAACUUUUAAUUUUUAGCUUGAAGUCUCAUUGCCCUUGAAUAAAUGUUCAAAUGCAAACACUGGUGCAUAAAUUUUAAGCCAGUUAUUCGUAAUACAGUGGUACCUCUGGUUACAAACUUAAUUCGUUGCAGAGGUCUGUUCUUAACCUGAAACCAUUCUUAACCUGAGGUACCACUUUAGCUAAUGGGGCCUCCCGCUGCCACCGUGCAAUUUCUGUUCUCAUCCUGAGGUAAAGUUCUUAACCCAAGGUACUGCUUCCAGGUUAGCAGAGUCUGUAACCCAAAAUGUUUGUAACCCGAGGUACCACUGUAUAUUCCUCUGAUUGUUCAGUACACAAAAUGUGGCUUUUAUCUUUCAUAGGAUACCAAAAGCCUUGAAAGGAAAAGGAAAAAAGCAGAUCGUGGGGAUGGCAUGUUAUCGACAGAGUCCUCAUCAGAAUCAGAACACACAGAGGAGGUUGGUAUGCCUAUAAAGCCAAAAGCUAAUGUAAAAACAAAGGAAUUCAACAAAUAAACAUCCUGUUCAACUUGUCCCUUCAGAGAUAUGGGAGCCAUUUACCAUAUGUGCCAUUCCAGGUGAAUGUGAAUGAAUAAAUCAUAUGAGCAGGACAUCCUUCCCACCUGGAUGUUCCUAGUAUGGGCCUCUGUGGUUACUUUUUAAUUGCCACACACACACCAUACCUGAAAAAAAGUAAGAAUUGUGAAGCUGUGUACAGGAUAGCAGACUUUAUAGUUGGAAAAAAUGAAGAUUUCUGCAUAUUUGAGAGAACAGGAAAUGUUAUUUCUCCACAGCACUACUAGACAAUAUUGGUAUUUUGCUGUUGUAUGUGUAUUUCAGCAUAUUUGAAAAUAUUACUCUGCUCCUCUCCACGUAGGUACCAGCAAAAAAGAAGAAAACCAGUGAAGAAAAAGAGAAAAAUGUAAGCAAUUUUCCUGCUUGUCAAAUAACUUCCAACAAAAACUGAUUUUAAAUUUCAGACUGGCAUAAAUGAAAGCAGAAUUUUAUUGAUUGAUUAAAUUUACAUCCCUCCCCUUUCUCCCAAAUGAGCUGAGGGUGGCAAUCACCUGACUGGCUGCAUUGCUUUAUAUCCUACUUAUCCUGACUUUGUAUAUGGCACAGAAAUAAGGACCUAAACAAUGAAUUUGCAUUGAAUCAGAUCAUUAAAGACAGUGCUGCCAACUGUGCUUGCUUGGCAAAAGGUUUCCAAACAACAUCGCCUGGAUUUUUAGCUAGAUUUUUCUCAAACUUAUUUGAUAUGCCCAGGUUUGACACUAGGGCCUCAAACACGGUUUUGCUUAGUAGGUGUUACUCUCUAUUUGGUUUAAUUUAAUUUCAGAAUAGCUUUGGUUAAUCUUUCCUUUGAAAGAUUAUGCUUAGUCGGGGCCUAUAUUUGAGUGAAUUGACUGCAUUCAUGAUAUUUUACAUUUUCUUAAAGGAUAAAACAAAAAAACGGAAGAAGCACAAGAAACAUGGCAAAAAGAAAAAAAAGAAGACGGCCAGCUCAAGCUCUUACUCAGAAUAA